UGGUGUUCUACAGAUCAAUUAAUUCAGUCUCGUUCUCACUCCCGAUCCCCCCUCACUGGCCGAGCAAAAUCGACGCCGGGGCAACGAUUCCGGCGGAUUCGUACGGUGCUUGGAGCGGCGCAAGUUCGGGAUGCGGUGCAACCAGGAGCUUCGCGCCAAAAUCCGCAUCCUCGACCCGCCCGCGCCCCCCUCCGCCGCCUACGAUGCCGGCCUCCGCGCGCUGGGCCUCCUCGACUUCGUUCGCCUCGACCUCCGCUCCACCGGAGCGGUGUGCCGCGAGCACGUCGCCGAUCUCAUCGCCAACUACCACGCAGCAGACGGCCGGAGCUUCACCCAGAAGGGCCCCAUUGAGGUCUGCUGCGGUACCUUGGCCAAGGCGCUCUGCCUCCCGGGCCCCGGGUGGACCGCGUCCUCCCACAUGGAUCCGCCCGCCGCCGUCGCCUUCGCCGCGAGGGAGUUCAUGAAGGCCUACAUCCUGAGGCCGCUCGAAGCCGGCGACAGCUGGAACAGAAAGGUGGCCAGCAAUGUCCGCACGGCGGCGGAGAUGGUGAUGGGCGGGAGGGCGAUUGAUGUUGACUGGUCCGCGCUCAUCUGGGUCCUCGUGGAGGAGGAGAUCUUCGACCUUAGCAACGGGAGGAGGCCCAACUCGGCAUGCUACUACGGCGCCUACCUGCAGAGGCUCAUGUGGCUGCACUCGCCGGACGGCGUCCUGCCGCCGCCGAAGAUGCCCGCGUCGACAUUGUGCUCCCAGGAUGCGCAACGCCGUAAGCAAUCAGCAGUCAAUGCGAGAAACAAGCAUUUAGAAACCAGUUUAUAUCAAAGUCUCCGCUUGGAGCUGGACCGCAAGAUGCAACAACCUUCUAUUGAUGACAGAUCCAUGAAGCUUAAAGCAAGAUAUACAGAGCUUGAAGAAAAGUCGCUCAACGACGCUCUAGUUAGCCAAAAAAGAAAAAGGGGUGAUGAGCUUCCACGCUCAGAGCUGGAUUCCCUGAUGAAAAAGCUUGCUGAUGAGAGAUCCAAGCUGGUUGACGCCAUAUCCAUGCUGCCCGAAGCAAGGCAUGUGGAGUUUGAUGCGAGAUCCAAACAACUCGAUGUCAGGCACAUGCAGCUUCAGGCAAGAUCUAUGGAUUUGGAAGACAAGUCCAAAAGGCUAGACGCAAAAUCCAAGAUGACUGACGCGAGAUGGAAGCAGAUUGAAGCAAGGUCAGCAGAGUUUGACGCCAAAUCCAAACAACUUGACGCAACACACUUGCAGUUACAUGCAAGAUCUUUGGAGCUAGAAGUGAGAUCCAGCAAGCUUGAAGCCAGAUCCACUGAGCUUGAAGCUCUAGCAGUGCAAUGUGAGUUUGAGAGGAUAAACAUUGAGCAAUACAAAGAAUUGCAUGAUAAGAUGCACGCGAUGGAGGUACUUAACCAGGCUUUAAUUACCCAGCAAAGAGAAGCGAAUGAUGAGUUGAAGCGUGUUCAAAAAGAGCUGCUAAAUGAAAGCGAGCGACUAGCACUAUUACAGAAUGACCGGGAAGCAAUGGAGUCACUAAAUCAGGUUCUAAUAACCAAGGAAGUAGGAAGCAACAAUGAGUUGCAAGUCGUCCGGAAAAGGCUGAUAGAUGGCUUGCAGAAGUGUUCGAACAGACGAGCAAAUUUAGGUGUCAAGAGGAUGGGUGAGCUUGACCUCAAAGCAAUUGCAAACGCUUGCAGACUAGAUUUAUCACAAGAGGAUGCACAAGUUACUUGUGCUAAUCUUUGUUCGAAGUGGCAGAAUGAAAUUUCAGACCCAAAUUGGCACCCUUUUAGGGUCGUCAUGGUUAAUGGUGAAUGGACGGGGAUUCUCUCAGAGGAUGAUGCAAAGCUCCGGAUGUUAAAAGAAGAGAACGGUGAAGAUAUGUACACCUUGGUAACAAAAGCUCUACUUGAAAUCAAUGAAUACAAUCCCAGUGGUCGUUAUGUUGUAUCAGAGCUUUGGAACUAUAAGGAGGGCCGGAAAGCAACACUGGAAGAAGUCAUCGAGUUCAUUCUGAAACAGUAGCAGUCACAUAAGAAGAAGCGAUGAGCAUCCAUUUAUCGGCAGGCUCCAUGUUCUACUUUCGCUUCCGUAUAACUCGUACUUCCACCUCGAACUAGGACCUAGUAUAUCUUUAAUGUUAGUGGAUUAAUCAGAGGUACGUAGUAGUUCAUUAGUACUUGCUGAUUAUGCAACUAGAACAACUGUGAUCACUUUUUCGUAGCUAAAUGCUAGCUAGAUUCUCCUGUUGUAGAUUGGGAUCGACUGGUCUAGAAUGUACAUUGCCUGUUAUAUCUUUGCAUAUGUGAUGCUUGCCCUAAGAAUCUGCCUGCAA